UUUUUAGGUAUUUACUGUGAAUUAAGAGCAGUAAAUGCUGCGUAGUGACAUACCUAUAAUUGUAUUAUUGAUGGUAAGGAUGACUCCCUACAAAGAACUAUUUAAUUUUAGAUACCGGUAAGUGUUACAUUAUGGUAAGAAUUGCUACAAGUCUAUGAGAGUAAUGAGACUGCAAUGUUGCAUUUUUGAAGCUCAUCUGAAACAUACAGUGCCUCCAUGAAGAAAAAGUCUUCACCCUUGAAUUUUUAAACACCAGAAAGAAGAAGAAGCAUCAUUAUUUUUCAUUUAUUUUGUUGCUAACUUAAUUGGUUGCAUCACUUUCUGGCUCUCACUUAUAAUGACUAGUAUAGUAAUGAUGAAUCAACAUCAAAACAAUUUCUUUAAUGAUGAUAAUUGAGUAUGAGAGUUUUUCAUAACUUUAUUUUUGACUUUUUGAAAGAACCGAUUGAUAGUUGCCUAGCACCAUUCUACGAUCCUGCAGCAAUCAUGUCUGCAAUUGAAGCUAACCUGCGUUACAUAAGACAGUGUGCAAAUUUUGUACAGUCUGAUUUCAAAAAUGCGAAUGAGCAGUUAAAGUUGCUGAAAUCCUUGCGGAAGACAACGAUGGACAUGAUAGAAGCAGAGCAGAAAUUAAUAGAUCAGCAGGUAGCGAUAGCUGAAGGUGCGGCUGCUGUGAAGAAAUGGAAGGAAGACUGGAAGAGAGAGCAUCCUAAUGACCCUAUUGGACCUUUGGAAGAAUUUCGCCAAAUUCAUUCUGACAUGGUCAAAGCUGUCUUAGAAGAACGGAGAAAAGAGAAUAAAAAAUCUACCGAUUCUAACCCAGAUCUCCAAUACAUUGAUAAGCUCAUUCUCCAAGCUGAAGCUGCCAAAAAAACUGGAGAGCACAAAUCUCCUAAACCUUCAGGAUCUGCAUCAGCAUCUGCUGAAUUGGAGAUGCUGUCGUCAGUGCAUGACUUGAACAUCAUAGACCCCAUAACCAAGCUGACCAUGUCAGACCCUGUUCGGCACACCCUCUGUGGUCACGUCUAUGACAGAGACUCUAUUAAGCAGAUGAUAAAAAAACAUGGAAGGAAAGGGUUCAGGUGCCCCUACAUGGGGUGUUCAGUUCGGGAUGCCAUCACGGAGAACAAUUUGGAACCUGCCCUUGAUUACCAAGAAGAGAUAAAACGAAGGAACGAGAAAGUUUCUCGUCCCUACAAUCCUUCCAAGUUUCCCAACUAAUAGUUCAUUCCAAUGAAGAUAAACUGCCAUUUCCUGUUCAAACUUGGAUUCAUGUCGUUCAUACAAUACUUUAUUCAGUGUAGUUUAUGAGAUAGGUAGGUAAGCAUUAACCAUCCAUAUUAACUUGAACUGCAUUAUUUGAGAUUUACAUCUCACUAAUGGAAUCAUAAAUCUACUAGAAAAUACUUUUUUGCUUCGUUUCGGUUUUAUUUUAAUAUUUUUUGUUGGCAAGUAUCUACACAUAUAGUCCACUACUGGUCAAUGAAGGUUUAUGACUGAACGUGCAUCACUCUGCUUGUUGUCUGUAGAAUUUAGUAAUUUUCUGAGGAAAAACCAUUUAUUCCUUAUAUUUUUACUUCCUGCCCUAUAUUCUCGUUGACUUUUUCAAACUGAGUGUUUCAGUACGUCAUUACACUACAAAGUAAGGAGUAGCCUGCAUCAGAAAAGGAUAAUUUCGUCCAUAAAGACAUUGAUAUAGUUCACUAAUAUAUAAGUUUCCAGAGGUAAUUGGUGGAUGGCAUUAUCAACUUCCACUCUCACUUUAAAGAUUUAUUGUUCUGACUAUCGGUUUUAAGUUCUCGUUUUCUGAGAGAUCAGUAAUUCAGAAGUAGAAUGAAGAUCUAAAGUUAUUUUUUCAGUGGUGAUUUAAUUUUCACCUUCUGCUAACUAUGAGCAUAUUUUUUUCGGCGUUUUACACGCAAUUUUUGUACAAACUUCGCAGGGACGGAAAUAAAAACAUUUAUAUUUUC